AUGGAAAAACUAUUCAGAAACCAGAAGUUGAAUGUUAGUGUAAGAACUGUUUAGAGUGGUGAGGAGGUACUGUUUUACGCAAAAGACGUGGCAGAAUCUCUAGGGUACUCGAACACGAAAAAAGCUAUUCAAACUCAUGUAUGGAAGCUAAACAAGACAACACUUGGAGAACUUAGGGUGGGACCCAAUUUGGGUCCCACCCUAAAUGGUCAACCAAAUUCAGUUUUCCUAAGAGAACAUGGUUUGUACCAACUAAUAUUCAACUCAAGACUUCCAAUAGCUGAGGACUUCCAAGACUGGGUUUUCAGAGAAGUCCUCCCAUCUAUCCGCAAGACGGGCUCGUAUAAUUUACCAGAUAGAAGGUCACUCAGAUAUAACCAAAUAAUCCUUAUAAAUGAAACGGACCUUCACCACACCAUCGUGAGUUACAUUAGAGAUAACUACCCAGAGGCUGUAAUAGUACCUGAUCUAGGUGAGUAUCAGGACACAGUGUCAAAGAGAUGUGAUGCCUGGAAGAAGGGAUACAAAGGUGGCCAGCCGGAUCUUAUUAUAGAGAAUCCCAUGGGGAGGUAUAAAGGAUUUGCCAUUGAAUUUAAGUCUCCCAAGGGCACUGGGACUGCAAGCGAGAAGCAGGUAGUAUGGCUUGGAAAACUGAGGGAAAUAGGAUACAUGACAAUGAUAUCAGACAACCUAGUGAAAACUUGUAUUAGAAUUAAUGAGUACUUCUCACUUAAGAAAACUGUAAGGAAAGUUGCAGUGAAAAUUACCGCUAGCGGUGUGAAGAUGUACAGACCAAAGUUUAAAUCAGAUAAGUACUAG